AUGUCAAGCAUUGGAGCGGCUCCCUCUGUCGCAGCUGCGACUUCAUCACCUCCAUCUGGGACCGGGACAAACACAGCAGCACCAGGUCCAAUCCCCGCCACAACACCUUUGGUCGUACGUCAAGAUCAAAAUGGUGUGCAGUGGAUCGCGUUCGAAUACUCGCGAGAUAGGGUGAAGAUGGAAUAUCAGAUCCGUUGCGAUGUCGAAUCUGUGGUGAUUGAUGAUCUAACUCCUGAGUUUAAAACGGCAAACUGUGUGUACCCAGGAGCAUACAGCGGCAAAGAAGGCUACAAGGGCAACAGACUUCACUAUGAAAGUGAAUGUAAUGCUGUCGGUUGGGCGUUGGCACAUCUCAACCCAGCAUUAAGAGAGAAACGCGGCCUUAUCCAGCGUGCUGUGGACAGCUGGCGUAACAGUAACCAGGAUCCUCGUUUGCGAAGCCGGCGAGUACGCAGACAAGCCAAGAUCAACAAUCGAAAGGCACAACUACGUCAAUCCGAUGGAGCGGUCCCACUAUCCCCCACCGAUGUCCUUGCUUCGCGGGUACCGCCAGCCAUGUCUAUGGACCCAGCAAGACCGACAACGUCACUCAGCCUGAACGGUGGACAGCUACAUCAUCAUCACUCGACAUCAGAUGCUAGCGGAGGCGAGAGCGGUAUCAAUGAAGCACAUCCGUUCUUGAACCAUCAAAGUCCUUCGACCAGCCUCGCUCUUGAUUCACCACUCGAGUCUCAUCGUCGAGACAGUCAUUGUCCCACACUGUCAACGUCUUUUUCAACCGGAUUCGAAUCAUCUUUCACAAAUAGUAAGGACUUCAUAAAGGCAGAGGAAGAAGAAAAGAAUCCCUCACUCUCUGCUCUGGAGGGAAAGAAACGCAAGUUCAUCCUUGUCGACGAUUUUGCACGCGGGACUCGGGUGCGUGUCCAUGUGGAGCUCGAUAAAAUAAAAUUGGAAGAGAUGCCCGAUUUCCAUCUGCAGAAGAACAGCGUUUAUCCACGGCAAUUUUACCCCCGUCAGAUGCACGCGCCUUCGCCAGAUCAGAAUCUGGAGAAACAUGGCCCUGGAAGCAGAAGGGAAGAUGAAAGCAUGACCUCGGAAGGUGAAAGCUUGGCUGAUGUGCCCCUGUCCGAUGGAUCGGAGGUACAACUUUCUGUUCCUGAGAUUCCAAAAGAUCUUCAAGCGAAAGAAUGUGCGCUGAAUGAAUUGGGCUAUCGUAUGAGUUGGAGGCAAGCGAAAACUUUUAACGAAAGGACGAUGUUUAUGCAAAAGUCGCUUGAUGCUUAUCGAGACAAGACGUGGAGUGCGAUAAUGGCCUCUGGUCAGACCGACCCGUGUUUCGCCUCGCAUUUUGAGGUCCGAACAGGCAAACGCAGAUGGUCAGAGCGUAAUGCAAGUAGCAGCCUCUCACCUUGA